AGAGACUCUCUCCUCCUCACUCGACAUCUCCAAUUUUCUCUUUCCUAGGGUUUUGACUCUCGUAAGAACAUGGAGAGUAGAGGUAAUUUGGACGUCGCAAUAGAGAAGCUUUUGAAUGAAGAGAAGCAGAUGCGACUUGCCGGCGAUGUUACCGGCACCAGGAAGGCUGUCACCGAUAUUCUGCAGCUCUGCUUUGAAGCUAAAGACUGGAAAGCUCUCAAUGAGCAGAUUCUUAAUCUGUCUAAGAAACGCGGUCAACUCAAGCAGGCUGUUACUUCAAUGGUCCAGCAAGCAAUGCAGUACAUUGAUCAAACACCAGAUCUUGAAACUCGUAUAGAGCUCAUCAAGACCCUGAACAAUGUGUCUGCUGGGAAGAUAUAUGUUGAAAUUGAGAGAGCAAGGUUGAUCAAGAAACUUGCAAAGAUUAAGGAAGAGCAAGGCCUCAUUGCUGAAGCUGCAGAUCUUAUGCAAGAAGUUGCGGUGGAAACUUUUGGUGCCAUGGCAAAAACUGAGAAAAUUGCAUUCAUACUUGAACAAGUUCGUCUCUGCUUGGAUCGCCAAGAUUAUGUUCGUGCACAGAUCCUCUCAAGGAAGAUUAAUCCAAGAGUUUUUGAUGUUGAUCCCACAAAGGAGAAGAAGAAACCAAAAGAAGGUGACCAAGUUGUUGAAGAGGCUCCUGCAGACAUCCCUUCUCUGUUGGAGUUGAAGCGGAUCUACUAUGAACUAAUGAUACGGUAAUUGUGUGGCAUUUAUACCCCUUUUUUUCAGUUAUUACUUUAAUUUUUUUGGAGAUGAUUGAUUGAUUGAUAUUUUGCGUUGCCAGAUACGUUGAUCUUUUUCUCUGAAUUUGACCAUCUUUUAUUACAUAUUUUAGUUGUACACUUGUGCAUAAAGUGAUUAACAUCUAUGAAUUUUGGAUGAUGUCUUUCGAUUUACAGUUUCUUUCUUUAUACCUCUGAUUUUUUAUUUCCAGCAUGUUUCUAAGUUGGUGGUUAAGGGUUUUUAUGGGCCUUUGGGCCCCUUUGUUUGAUUGUUAAUUGGAACUUUGUGCCAUCUGUCUUGAAAUUUAUUCUUUAUUUGCUCAGUGAUGCAUGUCAAAUAAAAUCUUCAAGAAUUCUCUUGGUGUGUUUUUCUUGGUUGAAUGCUUGAGGUUAGCAUCCAUCUGAACUUUACAAUUUUGUGUUUACCAUAUCAGUUGCUCUUGGAAGACCCAAGAGAUGCAAAGUACUUUGAUUAUGAACUAUGUUUUCUUGAUCUUUCUAGGUACUACUCUGACAGCAAUGAUUACUUGGAAAUUUGCCGCUGCUAU